CUGAAAUAAGUGAAAAACCUUAAAUCAAGAUAGAAAAACAGCUAUUUUAUUACUUUUAAUAAUUGUGGAAAAUCAUAAGAUGGAAACCUAAAGUAAUAGAAACUACGAAAAGAUAUACUUUUAUCAUUUGUAUUUGCUAAUGAAUAAUAUAUUGGAUCUUAAGGUUAAGGAGCAGGCAUAUGUAGGUCAGAUUAUAAUACAGGUACAAAUGUACAAGAAGGAAAAGAAUAGACACAUGAAGAGGCGCAUAAAAAAAUAUAAGGGCCUGUUUAACCAAUAUUACUAAUUACAUUCUAAAUUGAACAUUACUGAUAUAAAUUAAAAGAACCAAAAAGGCUUAGAUAUCAAUCAAGAUUAUUCAAUUGAUAACAAUCAAAGUUUUUGAAUCACGUUUUAAAUAUUGGCC